AUGGUGGACCCCGCGGUGCCAUACUCUCUGGUGCUGGCCGACGCGGCCGCCGCCAACCCGCUUGCCGCUGGCGGCAACGGCAGCAGCGCCUGCGAGGGCGCUGCUGACUUCGUGAUGGCCGACAACCCAGCCUAUGAACGCGGCUCUGCCCGCCGCGGCGACGAGAACAUGCCGCAGGCUGUUACGGCUGGGGUCAAGCGCUCCAUGGGCGGUCGCUCGCCCGGGGCAACUCCGGAGACGAGGAAGACGAGCAAGGCGCACCGCCGCGAGGCGGCAGCCAAGGCUGCCGCCAAGGCCGCCGCCAAGGAAGCGGACCUCGCCGCUGCCAACGAGGCGACGAUGCUGGAGCUCUCCCGCCUGCGCCCGGCGCGUGCUGCCAAGGCUGCACAGAGCGCCCCGCAGAAGCCCAUGCUGCCUACCGUGGGCUUGACCAUGGGCAUCAAACUGCGCGGCCGCGGGUUCCACAAGGCACCCGCGGGGAAGCACUGCACCAUGGCGGGGCAGGGCGUGCCUGUGAAGAACUCCGACAUCCACAACGGGGUGCUGGGCAUCAAGAACGCCAACGGCACCCCGCUAAUGUUCGAGGGGCUCUACAACCGGGGCCCCUCGGGCGAGCUGAUCCUCAAGGAGGCCGCCAACACCCAGUUCCUUGGCCGUCUGGCCAACAAGCUGGGGACGGCCCCAGAGGCGCUCGCCGAGCAGCUCUCGGUGGAGGUGCAUGGCAUCGCCGGCAACCCCUCCAUGGCCGGCACCCGCGCCGUGGUGUACAUCAAGGACCCCGCCCUGCUGUCCACCGUGCCCUUUGUCAAGGUCGAGUGCCUUCCCAGCCCCCAGGCGGGCGUGGCAGCACGCACCCCUAGCUGUAGGUGUCCCAUGCGACGCCACCACGCGCGCCGUCAGGCGACCCCCAUCGCCGGCGCUAGCACGUUGCGCCUCCCAUGCUCGUGUUCUACCACCGCCCUUAUAAAGCGCAUGAAGCUCCUGCUAAGUGGGGAUGUGGAGGAGAACCCAGGGCCACCGCCCCGGCAACAACAACGAGUAGCUUGCUUGUGUGGGCUUAAAGUCUGGUAA